AUGCGCCCUUCGCUUGAAUCGUCGCUCGGCGAUCAGGGCCUUGCUACUGAGCAACGAAGCCUGCUAGACCUUAUCGACAAGCUCCAGUUCGCACAGCUCGAUGAUGUCAAACUACCCCAAAUCGUCGUCGUCGGCGACCAGUCCGCUGGUAAGAGCUCGGUUCUCGAGGCUCUCACCGGCACACCGUUUCCUCGCGAUGCCGGCGCCUGCACACGCUUUGCGACAGAGAUUCGCAUGCGACGAGCGAAGGAGACGAAAUUAAAGGUUUCCAUCAUUCCCGACAAGACACGACCCUACAAUGACCAAGCUCGCCUGCUGCAAUGGGGCGGUGAUGUCACCGGUGACACACCCUUUGAUGCGAUGAUGCGUGAUGCUACAGAGUUGAUCGCUCCCAAGAGCAUUCCUGGUCGCUUCGCCGCUCGCGAUAUCCUCGUCGUCGAGAAGGAGGGCCCCGACAUGCCACUUUUGACUCUGGUCGAUCUCCCUGGUCUUGUCCGUGUCGCCAACCGCGAUCAAUCCGAGUCUGACAUCCAAACCAUCGAAGCCCUCUCCGAUCGAUACAUGAAGAGCUCUCGAACUAUUAUUCUUGCUGUUAUUGGCGGAAACAACGAUUAUGUUCAGGCUCCUAUCCUCAAGAAGGCCCGCUACUUUGAUCCCAAGGGAUCACGCACAAUCGGUGUCCUCACCAAGCCCGAUAUGACCGAACGUAUUGGUCUUGAGGAAAAGUUCAUCGAGCUUGUUACCAACAAGGACCAAGAGAACAACUUCAAGCUCGGCUGGUAUGUCCUGCUCAACCCUGGCCCAGGCGAGCAAUGGCAGACUCCCGAGGACCGCGCCAACAGAGAAGCCGAGUUCUUCUCUCGCGGAAAAUGGGCAACUCUCCCACCAGAGAUGUGGGGUAUUGGUGCUCUCCGCGCCAAGCUGAGCACUCAGCUUCAGCGCCAUAUCGGCAAGCAUGUCAAGACUCUUCGCCGCCAGAUCCAGCAAGCUUUGGAAGGCUGCGAGAGCCAGCUCAAGGCCAUGGGUGUUGGCAAAGAUACCCCAGAGGACAUGCGUUUCCAGAUGGGUGAGCUCUUCACAGCAUCCAACAACCUCGUCACCCCUGCGGUGAACGGUAACUACAAGAACCCUUUCGGUGAGCGAUUCUUUGCUAGACAGUCAAGCCCCAAGGGUACCCCAUCACAAAAGCUCCGAGCUCGCAUUCGUGACGAGAGUGAGCGCUUCGCUCGACGGUUCCGACAGCACGGUCGUAAGGUUACGUUCCAGAAGAGCCAGCCUCCCGCCGCAAAUGGUGUCAAUGGUACAAAUGGCGCUGCCGAAGGCAAUGGUCUUCCAACUCCGGGCACCGUUGGAGACCGCUCAAAGAAGGACUUUGCCGAGUUUGAAGUUGAGCCUCUCCUUCGCCAAAUCCGGGGUAAUGAACUUCCCCUCGACUCAAACCCUCGAGCCCCCUAUAUCCUCUUCCAGGACUACUCCAGAAACUGGCCUGUUCUUGCACAAGAAUACAAGGACAACGUCGGUGUUAUCUGCAACGAGUUUCUUGCGGAUGUUAUUGACCACGUCUGGCCCAUGCGCAUGCGCGAUCCUCUUCGCAUGCACUUCCUCGAGCUCAGAAUGAAGGAUCUUGUCGAAAGCGCCGACACUGAGCUUGGACGUCUCACCGACGAUAUGGAACUCGAGAUCCAGCCCUUUGACCCCGAGUACGAGGAGCGUCUUCGAAAGUGGCGUGCGGAAGCUACUGAGAACGGCGGAACCUACACAGAGGCCGAAGAGGUGUUGGAGAAGAUGCUUAUUUACUACGACCUUACUGCACGCAUCUUUACACGAAAUGUCAUUACCCAGGUCGUCGAGCGACACCUUCUGCUUGGUAUGCUGCGACUGUUCAAUCCUAUUGAGAUUCUUCGCAUGCCUGAUACCACCAUCGAGGCUAUCGCUGCCGAGAACAAGGAGACUCGUGAGCGCCGCAAGGCUCUCCAACUGCAGAAAAAGGCUAUUGAGGAAGCUAGAAACAUCUGCGCCAGCCUUGCUAUGCGAAGCGAAUUACGAGCCUACGAGGAUGACGACGACGAUGCAGUAACGGAUGACGAAGAGCAGACGCCUAGAGAGGUAAGCCGUCGUCAGGUUGGAGCGCCUCAGAAUGGAGCACCCCAGAACGGUGCACCUCAAGGCGGUCUUCUCCAGGCACAGCCGGCCCCUCAAUCAAGCCGCAACGACUCAACCCGCCGAAAUCGCGAUAUUCGGGACGAGCGCACUGAGCGGGAGGAGCAGCGAGCAAGCCGACCUCCCAUCCCAACUCAGGACUCCUACCAGAACGGCCCUUACCAGGCCAACCGUGACUGGGAGCCAGUUUACCACCCUCAGCAACAGGCAACUGCACCAGGCCAUGCUCCCCCACCGCCACCUCCUCGUCCCUCAAAGGUAGGCCUUGGAGAGACAGAGUCUUACUAUGAUAACGCACGUCGCCAGGACUCCUACACUGAGAGUCCCGGACGAGGCGAUGGCCGUCGAGAGGGCGCGAGACAUAGACUUGUGAACGCUAUGCGAAUGGGAAAUUAA